UUUGAGUGGUAAAUGUGCUUUCCAAUUCCUAGUGAUUUCUUUACAAGUUUUGCUUGUGUCGAGAAAAGUGCUUAGGGCGCCGCGUUAGUGACAGUGAUCGAAUUUUUUGCUGGCCUAUCAUUCGCAGAAAAUCUACCAAAAUAGCGCCACCAACGCCAACUAAACGGGUGAAGAUGACGGAGUCCAGCAGCAGUGUAGUGAACGGGAGUAACUACGAAACACUGCAUCAGGGACGUCUCAAUAUGUACAAGUCUAAAGUUGGUGUUGUUCUAGGAGCUCAAUGGGGCGAUGAAGGCAAAGGCAAAGUGGUUGAUAUGCUGGCGCUGGAAGUUGACAUUGUUUGUAGAUGUCAGGGCGGUAAUAAUGCUGGACACACAGUUGUGGCUAAUGGAAGGGAAUUUGAUUUUCAUCUUCUGCCCAGCGGCAUUGUCAAUGAGAAGUGUAUAUCUGUGAUUGGUAAUGGUGUUGUCAUUCACUUACCAUCACUUUUCGAUGAGCUGUCCAAGAAUGAGGCAAAGGGCUUGCAAAAGCUUGAACAUCGUUUGAUUAUUUCGGAUCGCGCGCAUUUGGUUUUCGAUUUCCAUCAAUUGGUUGAUGGUAUGCAAGAGGCUGAGAAGGGUGGCAAAUCACUCGGCACUACCAAGAAGGGCAUUGGUCCGGCUUACUCCAGCAAGGCCACACGCAAUGGCAUACGUGUUGGCGAAUUGUUGGGUGAUUUUAAUCUCUUCACCGAUAAAUUUAAAUCAAUUGUAGCCACACAUUUGCGCCUAUUUCCUUCGAUCAACAUUGACGUUGAUGCUGAGUUGACGCGAUACAAGGAGUACGCGGAGAAAGUACGUCCCUAUGUAAAAGACACCAUUUGCUUCUUACACACCGCAUUGCGACAAGGAAAAAAGAUACUGGUGGAAGGUGCCAAUGCCGCUAUGUUGGACAUUGAUUUUGGCACAUAUCCAUAUGUGACCAGCAGCAAUUGCAGUAUAGGCGGCGUACUUACUGGCUUGGGUCUACCACCACAAACUAUUGGUGAAGUGAUUGGCGUUGUUAAGGCCUAUACCACACGUGUCGGUGAUGGUCCAUUCCCCACCGAGCAAAUUAAUGAAGUUGGUGAGCUGCUCCAAACAAAAGGUGCUGAGAUUGGUGUAACAACAAAACGAAAACGUCGUUGUGGCUGGCUUGAUAUUCCGCUACUCAAAUAUACCUCACUUGUUAACGGUUACACAAGCAUUUGUUUGACAAAGCUUGAUAUACUUGAUACUUUGGCAGAAAUCAAGGUGGCUGUUGCUUAUAAACGCGCUAAUGGGGAAAAGUUGGAUCACUUCCCUGGCACAAUUGCCGAAUUAGGCGAGAUCGAAGUUGAGUACGCCACCCUGCCUGGGUGGCAAGAGAGCACCGAAAAUAUUCGCAACUUCAAGGAAUUGCCCGAAAAUGCACAAAAGUAUGUUCGAUUCCUAGAGAAUGAGCUAAGUGUACCGGUACAAUGGGUUGGUGUUGGCAAGGGACGUGAGUCUAUUAUCAACAUCCAUUAAUUUUAGCUCCAACGUGUUUUUGCGUGAUUGGAUCAAUCAACUGCACAGAAACUUCGAUUGUACUUUAAUGAUUUUUAAGAAUUAUUUUAAAAAAUAUACAUUUUUUGUUUUGAGUUUUACACUUCAUACAUAAUGCAUAUUUAGAAAUUUUAUUGUAUACUAACACAAAAAGUCGAACUCAAGUAAAGCAGAGGCAAUAGAGCGAACUACACAGUGUAAUGUUAAAAAUAUCUAAUGUAGUUGAAAUUAAUUAAGGAUUAUGCUUUUUUAUAAUUUAUUAUAACAAAAGCCUUAAGGAUGCGAAAUCAAAUGCUGUACUAUAAUAUUUUAAUUGUAUUAUUGUUUGUAAAAAUAUAAACACAUACAAAUACACUACAAAA